GUUAUACCGGUGAAUGGAAUAAAAUCAGCCGUUGCCAUCGCGUGGGAUUCGAAAUCGGACUGGAUAUAUUGGACAGACGUGGAAAGAAAUUCUCUGAAUCGUGCAUGCUGGAAUGGUUCUCUCCAGGAAGUAUUGAUUCAUUCCAAUAUAAUAUCCCCAGCUGGUAUAUCUUUGGAUUGGGCAACAGAUAAAAUAUACUGGACCGAUGCAGGAACUAACAGAAUCGAAGUAGCCAACACCAAUGGAUCCAUGCGGUCUUUAUUAAUAUGGGAAGACCUCGAUAAACCAAGAGAUAUUGUUGUUGAUCCGCAAGCUGGAUUCAUGUAUUGGUCUGAAUGGGGAGAAAAACCGAAAAUAGAACGCGCCAAUAUGGAUGGUACGAACCGAUUUGAAAUUGCUAGCAGUAAUCUGACAUGGCCUAAUGGAUUAGCGGUCGAUCACUCAACGGAAACAAUAUACUGGACAGAUGCGGGAUCACGAAGCAUAGAGUACGCCAACUUGGACGGUUCCAACAGAAAAGUUCUAUUAGCCGGUAGCAGCAUUCCACACCCAUUUGGUCUGGAUGUUUUCGGGAACCACAUCUACUGGACCGACUGGGAAACGAAAAAUAUCGAGAGGGCUAACAAACUGACCGGGCUGAAUCGUACCGUUUUGUCCAGCAACAUGAUCAAUCUUAUGGAUGUCAAGGUUUUCCACCGAAACAGGAAACAGAUCAGACACCCCUGUAGCAAUAACAAUGGGGGGUGUACCCAUCUCUGUUUAUUGAAACCGAAAGGUCACGCAUGUGCCUGCCCGACAGGAAUAAAAUUGGAGGAUGAUGGUAAAUCUUGUGCAAACGGUCCUGUUAACUUUCUGAUAAUGGCCCAUCGCAUGGACAUCAGACAGAUAUCUCUGGACGUGCCAUACAUGGUUGAUGUUGUAAUGCCCCUACCACCAUUGAAAAAAGCUACUUCUGUCGACGUGGACAGAAAAACUGGGGAGAUAUAUUGGACAGACACCGCAAGAGACAUAAUUCAGAAAGCUGCUCCGGAUGGUACAAAUAUGGAGGUGAUAAUAAUGAAUGAGAUGGAAGCUCCUGAUGGAAUAGCGAUCGAUUCAACUGGAAGAAAGAUGUACUGGACCGACGGUGAAAGAAAUAGUGUCGAAGUUGCAGAACUGAAUGGAAAGAACCGGAAAGUACUUUUUCACAGAGAUUUGGAUAAUCCCAGAGCAAUCACAUUACAUUACCAUCAUGGGUUAAUGUUCUGGUCAGAUUGGGGAAAACAAGGCAAAAUUGAAGUGGCUUACAUGGAUGGAACUAAUAGGAAAACCCUCAUAUCUAAAAACCUAAACUGGCCCAACGGCCUAGCUAUCGAUCGCCCAUCUAACCGUUUGUUCUGGAACGACGCCAAACUAAACACAAUCGAGUCUAGCGAACUCAAUGGAAAAGACCGUAAACUUGUAAUAAGAGACGUACAGCACCCAUAUGGCUUAGUGGUCGUAGGCAACCACAUCUACUGGACUGACUGGCAAACUAAGGCGCUACACAGAGCAGACAAAAACACCGGGGCAGAUCCGACCACAAUCCGAGACAAACUCGAAGGACUCAUGGAUGUUAGAUCGGUACAAAGCGAUAAUAUAGCGGAAAACGCUUGCGGAAAAAAUAAUGGUGGAUGCUCGCAUUUAUGUCUGAGAAAUCCUCACUCAUACAGCUGCGCUUGUCCCACAGGCAUUAGUAAAUCCAAACUAAGUACCAAACAAUGCGAGUUGAUUCCAAAAACAUUCCUUUUGCUUGCCACGAGAUUCGCUCUGAGUCAGAUCAGCCUAGAUACCGACGACGCUUGGGAUACUACUCUGCCCAUAGAAGAAAUUCACAAUGUUAUAGACGUCGAUUUCCACUGGGAAAAAAAGUUGAUUUUUUACACUGAUAUCGGGCGAAACGUCAUCCAAAGCGUUUCCAUGUAUAACUUAUCGGAAAUCAAAACUAUCGCCAGCAUAAACAUAUCCGCUCCGGAUGGCUUAGUUGUUGAUUGGAUCGCCAACAACAUCUACUGGACUAAUACAGGUAACAAAAUCAUUGAAGUAGCAAGACUGGAUGGAUCCCACCGCAAAACCAUCAUUAAAGAUUUUCUCCAUGAUCCACGAUCUAUAGCGGUUUUCCCAAAGAAAGGCUUUUUAUUUUGGACAGACUGGGGAGCCCCAAAAAUAGAAAGGUCACACCUGGACGGUUCGAAUAGGAAGAAUUUGGUCAGCGAUGAAAUGACUUUUCCGAUAGGUUUAUGCAUAGACUACGUUGGUAGGAGGCUGUACUGGAUCGACGCAAAACAAAAUGCAGAAAAAAUAGAAACGACAGACUUGCACGGAUAUAAUCGAGUCAUGCUGAAUAUUCAAGCCACGCAUCCAUUUUCACUGACACAGUUUGAGGAGUACAUAUAUUGGACUGACUGGAGACAAAAAACCGUCAUUCGAGCAGAAAAAACGACAGGUAAAGAUGCGAUUACAGUAAGACCACAACUGGACGGUGCUAUGGGUAUAACGAUGGUUACGGAAAAAAGGCAAUUGGGAUGGAACCCCUGCGCAGUUGACAAUGGAGGUUGUACACAUUUAUGUCUAUUUAGAUUGAGGAACUAUACAUGUGGGUGUCCAGAGAAAUACGAUCCUACAUGUAAAACAGAACCAAAUUAUGUAGUUUCUUCGAAAUGUCCCUCGGAAGGUAACUUCAAAUGCGACAACGAGGAAGAAGGCGAUUAUUAUGAGGAAAUUGAUCUUCCUAACCCAUUCGACGAGGAGUCAGAAACGAAGACGGCAAAUAACUCCAACACUUUCUAUAUAAUGACGAUGGUACCAAUGUUUUUCAUAAUACUUGUCUGUAUAAUAUUGGUAGUAUUUUUGCUGAUCAAAAAAGGAAAGAAGAAAUAUGUUUACGGAGCCAGCAGAAGUUUCUCCAAUCCCAAUUACUACUCGCCAAACGCCGAUCCCAGUUCAGUACCACCAAAUAAUGGAAAGUUUAUAUGGAAGAGGCUCAAAUAUGACAAGUCUCAGGAACGAGUGUAUGAAGAAACUGUCGGAAUGAGUAGUCCAGAAAUAGCCAGCUUAAUUCCGACGAUUUUAACUCCAUGCAGCUCCAACUGCGAAACGGUAACCCCAGACAUCGAGAGGUCACCAUCAGUAACACCCUUACAUAAAACUGAUAUCAUCGAGUCGGUCGCAUUAAAAAUCAAAGAGAAGUAAUUUAGUCACCUAUCAAAAACGCACCGAUUAAACCUGGUAAAUGAGAAUCAUUAACGUGUGUACAUAUAAAAAAUUGUCAAAUUAAGGUGACUGACAAUAAAAUUGUAAUAAUAGUUAAAAACCGUUAUCCAUUGUCAACGUAAUUGUGCCAAAACGGAAGAUCUGAAUGAAAGAUUUCGUGUUAGAAAGAUUUAUUUUUAUUCAAAAACAUUCCAAGUAAUUCCAGCACGGUUACUGAUAACUAUUGUACACUGUUUUGUUAUUUUUCGAAUAUUUCUAUAACAGUACAAUUUGAAUUUUCACAGAUCUAUGAUAUUUAAUAGAUGUUACAUAUCUCGUUAUGAAAAUAAAUUGUUUGAGAUUUGUGGAAUUAUAAAUAUGAUAAUGUUUUGUAUGUAACUUCAUAUCACGUUUCCAUGAUCCAAGAAAAUAAUAAUAAUUGUUUAAUGUUUCAGAUAUAUUUGUUUAUAGGUAAUUCACUUACUUAUGAAUGUAUGUUGUACAAUAUUUAGAAAAAUAUUAUUUUUAUAAAUAGAAUGACAGUUUUUAAACGAUUCUAAGACUGAAGAUAGGAUUUGUUGAAUGAUACUUUCUAUACAUGGAGGAAUAUAUUGCGAGUCACUGCAACAUAUUCGUCUACAUUGUCAACUGUGUGAAAAGGAAGUGUGUGUAUUUUUUUCACAAGAUAUUCGAUGAGCAUAAUCUUCCAUGGCUCAGGAUGAUUAUACUUUGAACGAAUAUAUAUAUAAAAUUAUCAUUUUGGGGUUCAAAAUCACUGUCCCAAGAUAUGUACAAGGAAUUCAAUCAAACUGACAAAUGAUAAAAAAUGAUGUCCGGUAUGUUAAUUUUAAUUACUUUUAAUCGACAUUAACGUCUAGCUCAAUGUACUUGAAAACAAGAUACAACAAAUGAUUAUAUUUCAUUCAAUGAAAACGUUUAUAUAAUAGAUAGUAUAUCACAAAAUUUAGUACGAAAAACGUUAUUUUCUGUAAAAAUAAAAUCAAGAUAAUUUCCUUACCCAACAUAAGUAAUUUAGAAAUGUUCUUGAAUGUUUUUAAAAUGUUAAGACAUAUUUAUAGAGUUAUUUAUGUUCACAUAUGACAAAAAUCAUGUAGAUUCAUGAAUCUUGUCAUAAGCCUCCGAUAAGAAACAUGAGAAUAAAUUUUCAAUGUUG